AUAGUUUUGAGGUUGUUGGUGUCUCUUCUCUACAAUCAGUCAUACAUGUGUCGCUCCUCUGCCUCCCCCCAUACACGAACCGGAUAACAACACCAACCAACUACUCUCUUCAUCUUCAUCACUUCUAUUCAUUCAUCAUCUAUCCCCCAUUCUUCAAUCCUAUUUAUGCCUUAAUUCGUCAUCUCACCUCUUACAAUCCACUAAUUCACUUCCCUUUUUACUCUUAUUCUUCGUCAAUCUCUGUUUCUAGGGUUUCGUUUCUGCAAUUGAAUUCGUGUUUGAUUGUGUUCUGCAAUGAGGUUGAAGGUUUAUGAUUUGGAUUUUUAGUGUGUUCAUGGAACCGACUUUCCAUACAUUUGCACUCCUUUCCUUGAAACUGUAUAUUUAAAUGGCAGCAGAUAAGCUGAAUAAGAGUUCUAAAGUAAGCAACGGCAUUUGUCACACAUCUUGGGAGAUACAAAAAGUGAAAAAGAAAAAACAUCCUCAUUAUGAUUUAAAUACAAAAUCACGUAUUUGUCUCGAGUGGGAUGACAAGAAGGAACGUGUUGUUCCUAAGAAGGAGCAGAUAAGCAUUGCACAAAGAGAGUUGACUCCGUUUUUUCCUUUUGUCGCGCAUUACCAAAAUGUUCUCGGUGAUGUCUUUGCAGCUCCUCCUGAAUUAUUUGAACUCAAUAACUUGACCGGUUUGCUAUCUUAUGAGGUAUGGCAAACUCAAUUGUCGGUCCAAGAAAGAGAGUUUCUUACGCAGUUUCUUCCUGAAGGGAGCGAGCCACAUGCAGUUGUUCAUGAAUUAUUAGCUGGGAAUAAUUUAUAUUUUGGAAAUCCAUUUAAAAAAUGGGGUGCUUCUAUAUGCUCGGGUAAUUAUCAUCCUGAUGCCAUUCUUCGUCAAGAACAGCGUAACAAGGCUAAUAAAGUAGCAUAUUAUUCAGAAUUGCAGGAAUACCAUACUAAAAUGAUAGGGAGUCUGCAAUUGUGGAAGGAAAGAUGGACAAUAUGCAUGAAUCCCGAUAAUUUUAUGCAAAAAGUUCCAAGGCCUAAAAGGGAUUUUCAUAAAAGCGGGCCGUCACAAGAGAUCGGCUUACAAAACGGUCCGCAACAUGAUUUGUGUGUAACAUCUGGUUCUUGUUCAUGGGACGCUGAUGAUAAAUCAUGCAAUAAUAACAGCCCAGAUCUAUCAGCUAGCAACGGAGAAGCAUUAGCGAGUGUUUCCAGAACUGAUUUGGAGAAAAGACCUAAAAAAGGAGAUAAAUUACGGAAGCUCAAUAUAGAGUGUGGUGAUGGUGCCAAGUAUAUGUCAUAUAUCAAGGUUAGCAAGGGGCAGCAUGAACGAGUUAAAAGCAGUAUGAAACAGUCUAACACCAGCAUCCAACCACGGUCUCUUAAUCUUGUUUUAGGAAAUCUCGACGGUUUUUGUGUUCAACCAUAUGAACUGUUUGAGGAAGAAGAGAGACAGAAGUUGCAUGGUCACUGGCUGGAUUUGGCAAAGAAAGACCUCCCUGCUGGCUUUGAGAACUGGAAAAGUUGGCGAUCUGCCAAGUGGCAGUUGACAGUGUCUUUGAGGAAAGAAAUGGAAGAUAAAUGGAAGUCAAAGUCAAAUGACGAGUCCGUUUUGAAUUUGUAUGAUAAUCAGGAUGAUGAGUCUAUAGUUGAUGGUCAGGAUGAAGAGAUAGAGCAAUCGAGCGAAGAGCAACACGACGGUGAAGAAACAAAUGACGCAAUUUUAAUCACAUUAGAGGAGAACAUGGAACAAAAUGAUAUUUCAGUAUUUCGGUCAGACGCCGAUCGUAAUGCAGAAAAUCACGACACCACAAACAAGUCUAGUCAAGAUUCUGGUCAACACCAAAACUUCUCUCCCAUACCCAUCAAUACCAACGAUGACGUUAUAACAGAAUCAGAUGCUUUCCCUUGUAGUCUAGUUGAUUAUCCUGAAAGCAUAAGUCACGCAGAUACUUCCGUUGGUGAACAGUUUCCUCCGCCCUCUGCCGCCACUGAAAUAUGGCCGCUAGCUCCCUUACCAAGCGUGUACUACCAUCAACCUACAUCCGUAAGCCAAGAUUACCCUUCCGUUAGUCAAUCAAGUUUUCUCAACAGACGAUCCGACAGUGGAGAUUCUUUCUUUAAUCCUUGCGCUAGUCAAGACCGUAACGAAUUACUAUUGCAUUCCCAUUAUUCGGGAACCAGUCAGUUUUCCAGAAACUUAAGUUUGCCAUUACCGUUAGAUCCAAGAUUAAACAUUCAACAAAACGUAUACGCAGAUGGAGCAGGUCGGUUUCCGAUUCCAAGGGAAGAACACGAACACCUGUCGCCACUGGACCACGUUCAGGGUUGGCCCGGGACUGGUAUUGUCAACCUGCCAAUGUCAGCAGCGUCUCAUCACCGGUUAAGCCAAAACUGGUUUUCCGAUGAUGAGGUGGCACGAGACGGGUGGUCAGGUGGUGUAGUUCCAAACCAUGACAUUGGAAGUGGUGGCGGUCAGGUGGUUGAUGAGAGCUUAUAUAGUGUGUUAUCCGAGUGUAACGGGUUGCGUUCAGGUCAUUAUAUUCAGUCUGAAAACUAUGCGGAGGCCGGACGUGAAUCGGUUCCGUCACGUGUCGGUAGAGGGUCGGGUUUUAACUACAUGAGUGGCAAUGAAGGUCAGUUGGGAUGGAUUGGAUUGCAGGAGAGUGGGGGGAAACAGCCAUUUGCAAGGUUAUGGAAUGAUAGAAGUUUAGGGUGAUGAUGUAGUUUUUAGGAUUAAAAGUUGGAAAUAUGGAACGACAUGGACCGAUAGAUAUAGAUGGAUAUAUGGAAAGGACAUAGUCAGUUUAUCUGAUUAUGAAUAAACCUUUUGCAGGAUUAAUAAUGUAUGUAUGUUUUUUAACUUUCAGUUUUGGUUCAAGGCAAAGGUUAUUUGAUGCUACAGUGAAAUACAACUUUUGUUACUUGACUGCAGGUUAAUUAUUUAAUUAUUUUAUUUAUA